AUGUAUCGAUUCCAGUUGGCUGCGCAGAACUUGCCUCACAUGGGGCACGUCGCGCGACAUGUCUCCUUCAACUUCAGCUACAUGCCCAUUGAGGCACGCGAGACUCACAAGAAGUAUCCAGAAAGACGUACGUUUUCUGAUCUACCUCCACACGAUCGCAGGCUCUUCGAGUUUCCGAAAAUCCCCGGUUUUACCCCUCCUACAUCUGGAAACUUUGCCGGGCAAGGCCAGACAUCCGGAAGCGUGAAGACUCAGAACGGCAUCGUCAACUUCUCACCGCAGCAGGUCUCCAACUUCGGCUGGAACUGGGACUUCAAUCUGAACAAUUCACAGGAACCUUCGUUUACCAUUGACCAGCCGGACACGAAGGGCCAGUUUGUUCUGAAAAACCCGUACAUCCAGGCACACGCUGGAUGCUUCCUCAACUUCACCUCGCAGUACGUAGGCUUCAUGAAACCCCCUCACGUCAAAUGGCAAGCUGGCCUUAGGGGGCAUGGCAUCGUCCAGGGACGUUUGGAAGCCGCGAUGAACUCCACACGCUCGGCGGACUUGGAAGCAUCAUCAUACAAGUUGCCGGCAGAAGUUCUGGAAAAUUUUCCAUUCCUGCGGCUGUUGGCGAAGUUCGAUAAAGUGAAAUGGUUUGCUCCCAUGGAGCACGGCGUGGGCCCUCUGCCAGCGAAGAUAACGCCCGGGUUCCAAUUCCAGGUUGAAUUCUACCACAAGGGCCCCUUCAGCGGAUUUUUAUCUUUUGGUGGCAGCACGCACGGCAUCAUGGAGCCAGUGCUGCACUACGAUUCAGACAAGGGCUUCGAUCAGACUCUGAAGGGGUUGCUGCGCGACACCGAUGUGUGGCCGCCUAUGUACAAGGUCUUCACAGAGGCUUUCGAGAUGGGCGUCAGAUGCCAGCCCAAACUUUGGAUGAGGGGCGAUUUCGCGGGCUUCGAAAAUGCCGAAGCAUGCUUCCACAUCAACGUGUUCCAGAAUGUGACGGUCUAUCACGACGGCGCAGCUCACUUUGACGUGGAUGCGAACAAGGCUCUCGUGAUUUAUCCGUUUCGGGUAGUUGGGCCGGCGACCGUCAACUUUGACACCAGGUACAAGGUUCAAAUCAGUUGCCUGGGCAAGGAAGUGGUGUCUGACGCGGCGAUCAGCUGGGGAGAGGUCGAGUUUCAUGACCCUGUCUCAAAGUUCAUCUUCGGCAAUGCGACAGAUGCUGAAGUCAUGAAUGCGGUGGUCAAAGUGACACUCAUCCAGGUACACGGCAGCGAGCCCACCAGCCCUGUUACGACAAUGGGUUCGUGCACAUUCUCAAUCACCAGCUGGACGCAACAAGGCUUAACCGACCCUGAUCCACGAUGGUGCAACAUACAGAAUGAUGCUGGCACGUCGGUAGGAAAUGUGCAGGUGUAUGUGGUGCACAAGGCCAAACCGGAGGUGUACUUGGCCUCUAGAAUUAAGGGCAUUGGCAUGUCCUUUCCGCGCAUCACGCUGCAGCCUGCAGCCAUUUGCAGCACUUUCCCACAAUUGCCCGCCAAC